AGGUAGUUAACGAACGCUGAUAUGACGACAACUACACAAAGACUAGUAGAUUAUUACCAAUGGGUCAUCGAAAACGGCGGUAAGUAUCUACACCGUCAAACUGCCCAUCUCGCUCCAUGGAAGGACAAACUGACCAUCAGUUCAACCUCGUAUCCAGGGUCCUGUCCCGCUCCUCGCUCCGCGGCACCAGUAGAAGUGGACCCUGGGAACGAGGUUGACCGUCCGUUCAUCCGUUCUUCAGAGAUAACCUUCUACGGCCUUCUACAGUCGAACCCCGCUCAAUACGGGAACCUUAUUAUUACAGACAGUUUGCUUUGUCCCUAGGGAAAGAAAACCCUUUUAUUUUCUUUAAAUCCAACGCGCGCUCAACACGAAAACUUUCUAUGACCCCCUCAGUGUUCAUAUUAACGGGGUUCGACUCUGGUACCUGGUAAUCUGAGCUACAAAUAACAGGCGGUUAUCGGCCAAUGUCCGACCAAAAUUUGCUAUAUGUCGCACAGGAAUCCUACCUUUGGUCGCGAAACGUGGUGAAUGGACAUAGUUCAUAGUUCAACUUAAGAACAUCAUUUUAAGGCUGCUGAUUGGCAACGUCUCGUCUGUCUAGGUUGUUUGUUAAUAUAGCCAUAUACGCGUCGUUUUUGGCGGUGAGGGAACGUAAACUUAUCCCAAAAAAUUACUUUUUAAUGGCAAAUUCACAGUUUUAGUUAAACAAAUUUGUCUCUCCAGCAUCAUAACAAACCUUGCAGACAACAAAAAUAAGUUUUGAAAAACUGUUAGCCUAACAAGUUUUCAAAGGCCCCAAUUGUAAUCCGUUUUAAUCUUCGAGUUUGUCCAUCUGGGGCUUAUUUUGAAUUUGCUGUUCUAUUUAUGCCUUCUUUUAUUGCUUUGAGCGAUUAUCAUUUAUUAGCCUGUUCCAAGCGUUCAGAUAGUGGAGAGCGGUGCGAAGUAAAGAAAGCGAUGAAAAGUAGAGGGGGACUGGGGAGAGAGGUGCGGUUCCCUCUCUCACCUCUCCCCCUCCCUCGUUUUUUUUUUUUUUUUUCGCGCUCCUUUUUUUGCUUUUUUUUUUAUUCCUUUUUUUUUUGUUUGUUUUUUUUUUUUUUUUUUUGUCUUUUUUUUUUUUUUUUUUUGUUUUUUUUUUUUUUUAUUAUUGAUUUUGAUUAAUAUUAGAGGGGGUCUGGGGGGGGGGGUUGGGUUCCCUCGGUCACCUCGCCCCCCCCCUAGUUUUUUUUUUUUUUUUUUCGCGCUCCUUUUUACUUCGCACCGCUCCCCACUAUCUGAACGCCUGGAACAGGCUAAUCAUUUAUCUAACGACAGUUCUCACUGUUUGAAUAUUGAAAAAAUCCGUGACACAACCCCUUUAAGAAUUAAAAGUCAAGUUACUGUGUAUGUCGGAAAAACUUUCUUACUUUCUUUUCCGACUAAAAUUCUGUCCUGUCUGUAUGUUGUGGUCGUUAUAAAAGAAAAAAAUAUAUUUGCAGGCCUUACUUCUAGUUUACUGUUGUUUUCUUUGUUAAUCGACACUACACUCUUCUCCUUUUUAUAAGAAGGACUAAUUUUACAACGCCCUGGGAACGACGAUGCUAAUUUUAUAUCUGUGCAUAGCCCGGACUAAGCGUUCUUCUUACCAUUAUUUUUGUGUUGGAUUUUCGCGAAAUCAAUCAAAAGCCGCGCACAUUUGAGUCUGUUCUCUAUAACAAUCAAGUGAUUAUAUUCUUGUUAGUUUGUUGUUUUAGUUAAUUAUUUGUUCGUAAUCAUUUUAAGGUCAAACGAAAAUAUUGCGGCAUAUUGCUAUAUGGUAUGGUUUUAUUGUUCUUGUUAAUAACAUGUCUAUUUUUUUCUCUCUUCUCUACCUUAGAUCCCAAAACCGAGGAAUGGCCUUUAAUUGCCACUCCAUGGCCGACUGUCGCUUUAGUGGCCAUGUAUUUGUUCAUUGUCAAAGUAGGGCCCAAGAUAAUGGAGACCAGACCAGCUUACAGUCUGAGAGAAGUGCUGAUUGUGUACAACUUUGCACUUGUACUUCUAUCUGGUUGGAUGGUAUACGAGGUGAGCGUGCCUCAUGGCUCAGUUAUAACAUUGAAUAUGAUGCCAGAGUGAUUUCAGUCUGAAAAAAACUUGAAGAAAGCUGAGCAUUUUGAAUGAUCUUGGUUUCCUCUUCUCAUCUUUUUAGUGCGCUCUACACAUGAGUGUGGGAGGGCGCAGUUCGUGAAUGAGUGUGGGAGAUUACAGUUCGUGAGCAGCGUGAAUGAGUGUGGGAGAGGGGAGAUCGUUAGUAACGUGAAUAAUUGUGGGAGAUAAGAUUGCAGAUCGUGAGUAACGUGAAUGAGUGUGGGAGAGGGCAGAUCGUUAGUAACUUGAAUAAGUGUGGGAGGUAAGAUUGCAGAUCGCGAGUAACGUGAAAACGUGUGAGAGAUUGCAGCUCGUGAGUAACGUGGAUGAGUGUGGGAGAGGGCAGAUCGUUAGUAACGUGAAUAAGAGUGGAAGAUAAGAUUGCAGAUCGUGAGUGACGUGAAUGAGUGUAGGAGAUUGCAGCUCGCGAGUAACGUGAAAAAGUGUGAGAGAUUGCAGUUCAUGAGUAACAUGGAUGAGUGUGGGAGAGGACAGAUCGUUAGUAACGUGAAUAAGUGUGGGAGAUAAGAUUGCAGAUCGUGAGUAACGUGAAUGAGUGUGGGAGAUUGCAGCUUAUGAGUAACGUGAAUGAGCGUGGGAGAUUGCGGCUUGUGAGUAACGUGAAUGAAAAUUCUGGGGCAGGGGAGAUGAUGGAAGCGGGAUGGCAUUUCACUCUUUCAGUUACCCUCUCAUCUAUUCAUUUAUUUGUUCUGUUAUUUAUUUUUGAUUUUAUGCAGUUUAUCGCUUCAGUCAUGGAUAUUCCCAACUUUAACUUUUUGUGUGAGCAAGUGCCUUACGUCCGUGACGAUCCAAGAUUGAAUCGGGUUUGUAUAAACUACUUCAGCACAAAGUUGCACUCCUUAACCUAGUUUCGAUCACUAAAUCUAGGUUUCUUUCACCCAAAACUGUUCGUAAAAUCCGGUUCCACUUUCAUGACGGUGAUUUUGGUCAACUGUAUCAGUAAUGUCAUUAUUGUUUGUGCCUUACGUCACAUUUUGCGUUUGCCUGCUAUAAAACCUUUGUCAGGUGAAUGGUACUAAGCACGUGUAGCUUAAAAUUGAGUUAGGUUUUUAUAGAAUAAUUAUAAAAUCAUGUGUUGUUUACAUGUUCAAGUUUGUUUCUUUCAAUUUUGUUGUUGUUGUUGUCGUUGUUUUUAUUCUUAUCGUCUUUUUUUUGUUAUUCGCCCUGUGAACCAGUAGCUACAGACUUAUAUUUAACCUUUAUAAAACAGGAAUUUAGGAAACAAUGCUUUGAAGCUUAUCAUUGUUAUCUUCCUUUUUUACAGCUGGCUCGUGUUUGUUACGUUUAUUGGUUGUCUAAGUUUGUGGAGUAUCUAGACACGGUAAGUAAAGUUGAUGAGUUACCAGGUUCUAGGAGAAAUACAAGUUGUCUGUGUCAUGAAAGCUGUUUGGAUUUGAUUUAACAAUAAUUAAGUUCGAUAUUAUUGCCAUUGUUCAUCCCUUUAAGUCCCAAUAUUAACGAACGUCGAUUUUCUCCUAAAGAUAUUCAUACAUUGUCAAGAGAUUGGGUUAUGAGAAUUAAUUAAAUGAUCACCUAAGAGAAAAUACUUUGAUCUUUUAUGAAAUUCUCUCAAGUCAUUCUUUAAGGAAAUAUUUAGAGAUCAGUUUGGAGAAUUUGUAUGUGGAUUUUGGGGCUUAAAGGGUUAACUAAGGCCCCUUUUAUAUAGAGAAAAGUUGGCCCGGGUAAAAGGGUCGUCGUCCCUGCCCCCAGUCAACUUUAGCGAGCGUUUAUUCGAGAAUAACCGUAGGUUAAGCCCGUCUGUGGAACAGCGCCGAAAUCCCUGUUCUGGGCCCCCACUUGUGUACCAGGAUUUGACUACAUCUACGUGCUAUGAUUGGCCUGUUAAAAAGCCAUUGUCAAUAUGGCAAUCAGGUUGAAGGGAAAUUCGACACGCAUUUCCGGUAAUCCAGUGAGUCCCUUGGAGGCCCAGACCAAGGAUAUCGGCGUUGCUUCGCAGACGUUACUAACCGUAUUUAGACCACCUAAAGGCUAUCUCGGGUAGGCGGAUGACAUAUCUUCCCGGGACAACUUUUCUUCAUAUAAACGGAACCUGAUUGAUAUAUUUUCUAUUGCAGUUUUUCUUCAUUCUUCGCAAGAAGAAUAACCAAGUGACGUUUCUACACGUGUAUCAUCACGCUAGUAUGUGCGUAUUGUGGUGGAUGGUCUGCAAGUGGAUUCCAGGUGAGAGGGAUGGAUGGCUAGAAUAAGGUAGGGGAUGGGGGGUUAAAAAGAAGCGGUUAGUAGGUGUGGUGAAAGAAAGGAUUUCCGGUGAGAAGGAUGGGAGGUUAGAACACGGUAGAGGAGAGGAGUGUAAGAAAGACACGGUUAAUGGGUGUCGUUAGCAAAAGGAUUUCAGGUUAGAGGAAUUACAGGCUAGAGUAAGAAUGGGGAUGGGAGCGUUUACAAGACGUGUCUAAUAGGUGUGAUCAGCGAAGAGAUCAAGUUGAGAGGGAUGGAAGGCUAGAGUAAAAAAGGGGAUCGGGGUGUUAGAAAGACGCGGUUAAUGGGUGUGGUCAACGAAAGGAUUCCAGGUGAGAGGGAUGGGAGGCUAGAGUAAGGAUGGGGAUCGGAGUGUUAGAAAGAUGCGGUUAAUGGGUGUGAUCAGCAAAAGGAUUCCAGGUGUGAGUGUUAGUUACGUAUUAGGGUAGGGCGUCCGUGGAAGAAGCAUGGGACAGGAUGUAAAGAAACACGUCUUUAGCGGGUGUGGCCAUUAAAGGAAGAGAAAGAACGAUGCGUGUAUUAUUAUUCCAACUGAGUUUCAGGUGAUAAAGAAGGAGAACAGACGAGAUUCUAGAGUUAGCAAAACGAAGACGAGAGAGGCUAAAGAGACUGAGAAAAAAAAAACGUUUUUACAUUGCUUCCCUUUCGUUUUGAUCAUGUUUUUCACUUAAGACAUAAGUAAACGCCACCAACUAUUUUUUGCAGUGAGACAACUUACGGAAGAAGAAAAUAACGAAUGCGAAAAUAGACGAGGAAAAUGGAACUAAUUAUAAAUUAAGAUCGAUCACUUAACACCUUACGUAGCUUCUAAAUUCCUGUUUUCACGCAAGUAAGAUAAUUUCAGAAAACUUCCUUUAUAUUAACACUUUUCUUUUGUUUUGUUUUAGGAGGUGUCUGUAAGUAUCCUGUCAAUAUCUUUUCUGUGGUCGCUUUACUCCCUUUUUUGUAACUUUGUAUUUUUGAAAAAUUUCUGACCCUCUGUCUUUACUUUCAGCUUACUUCGGUGCAACAUGCAAUAGCUUUGUCCACGUGGUCAUGUAUGCUUAUUAUGGUCUGUCUGCGAUUGGUCCGCAAAUGCGUCCGUAUCUGUGGUGGAAACGCUACAUCACAAAGCUUCAACUGGUAAGAAUCCUCUCAUUUAUUGCAAUACCUUAUAGAGCUGAGCGAUUUCAACUGAGUGACGUGAGACCAAAGGAUUAAUCUGACCAAUCACAACAGUAGACUUUCAAAUUAAUCAAUCAGAACUUAAAGCAAAUGUGUCACGGGCGAUAAACGCGGGAAAUCACCCGCAAACAAGAUUUUUGAUUGGCUGGCUGAAAAGCUGGAUCACGAUGUCGUGUAAAUUACAAAUUGAGGAAAUACAAAACUGAAGACUUUGAAUUUUAUUUUUACACUCGUUUGAAAUGCGCUCUUCUACCAUAAGUUAUAAGUUCAUUUACCCGUCAACGUAAUGUUGCGUUAAUAAGCUCCGUCUAUUUUCUUUGUUAGUUUUGUUUUCUUAACAUAGGCGCUAAGCUAAGCCUUUAAGGUUCUGUUGGAAAGUCUAAAACUUCGAGUUCGAUUUUUCAGUAAAUCAAUAAAAUGACUAUUUAACUCUUAGAAAACGAGAACCAGUAGUCUAAUUGUUUUAGUAGAAACUAAAUGACGUGCUACUUUAGGUUCUAAAUCAAGUUUUAAUGAAAAUGUAAAUAAACAAGCCUUCUUAUACACAGCUAAUUUUGUACUUCUUACCAUUUAAAACGUUCUAUCCGUUUUAUAUUAUUGUUUUAUCGUUUUUUUUUAUAGUAUCAUUAAUUCAUUUACCUACUUUUUCAUCAAACACGAUUUGUUAAAGAGGUUGCCCUUGUUUUGUCCUUUUUCAAAACUCCGUGCUCGCUACUCGCGUGAAAACGUAUUUAGAUAACGCCAUAAUCAUUUUUUCUCUAAAAGUUCAUUCCGAAAGAUCACCCCUUGAAGCCCGAGGGGCUUCCUUCAGACGCUUUUCAGAGGUAUAGAAAAGCAGAUUUAAAAAAGCGAUUAUAAACUGAAAGAAUGCGCUCUUUUUUUGUUACAUGUUGUUCUCAAGGGUAUAUUGUUUUCGUAUUAGCAAGCAACGCCAAUUAUAUGCAUAUUAAACACGGAUAGCCAGCAUCGAAAUUUGUCUAAAAAAUUCGUCUUUCCGCUAUUUGCCGAAACUGUAAAUUCACAUGUGUAUGGCAUCAUUGUUAACCGUCGUUUGUAUCAACCACGCUAGCCAUAACAAUUGCUCUUAAAAACAGCGGUUAGCAAUAAUGCUCUGAGCACACUUGAUUUAUUUUGUAAAAAUUUUGGUAUUUUAACAUCGUUCGUCUUGCCGCACUGCAAAGUAGUAAGUGCUUCUAAAACCAAAGGCAUGUUUUGUCACAACUAAGGCUAUGUAUACAUUAUACUGGAUAACUUUUCACGUCGACUUGAAAAGCUAUCCGCUAUAGUAUGAAUACCUGUUCAUUCUGCGCAAAAGAGUGGCAUAGAAACCUGUCUGAUCCACGUUCAAUAUCUGGGUGGGGCGGCUGCACCGCUCUACAGAAACCACACCGAAGUGAGCGUUCUUAUGUGUGAACAGAAUCCCUAUCCGAGAUGGUUUACGUCUCGGCGCAAGACCUGUCAAGUGUUGUGCAGACAUAGCUCAAGUCUCCGAUUCGAUGUUGCUCUGGGUCCUCUUCCGUUUGUCUCUGUCGACCAUGUUUCGUUCGCGAAAUGGCUCACAGUCUGGUUUACUACGUUCACACUUAAAUUAUGAAAACAUCCAAGUUCUUGUCUUAUGUUAUAUAUGAUGGACUAAUCACUAUUUUUUAGGAAUGGAAAUAACAGUUAAUGACUAAAUGAUGUUUUUGUCCAUGCUUCUUUGCAAGUUUAGUACACUAACUUAUACAUAACGUCUUCAAUAAAGCUUUGAUACAAGUAAUGUUGUCCUGUCUCUUGUCCAUGUUAAAUGUAUUCAUGGUCGUUUAGUCUGACAUGAAUUGAUCUGGCUAUAAAGCUUAGAACAGUUAGUUAUUGCGGCACAAUGAAAAUCAAAUUCUUUUAAAAAUGCAAGAGAAUAGUUAGUACGCCGGCCUUUGAAUGACUGAUACCUUGACAAUAGUGAGCUUAAGAUCCGACGACGGCGAGAUUCUACGACGGCAGACUUGGUCGAGGGGGCUUGGGGUGAGGUCGCCGUCGCAAUGGUGCGAAAAAUAGCAUUAAGAAAGCUCGCGCGACGGCGGGUUGUUGUAGCGCCUUUUCCUGUUGAAGUUUAGAAAUAAAUACAAGAGUGAUGACUACUUUUAGAAAGGUUCGUGAAUUGUUACUGACAAGUUUCGAUGAUGGCGACAUUUCAGAAGAUGAAUAUUUACUGUUGUAUGAUGUCAACAGAUCUAAAAAUCCGGAUUUUCCCUACCAGAAUUACGAAAAUUUUGACCUCGAGAGGCUUGACGAAAAGAUGAGUGACAUAAUCCAUUGGACCUCAAUUUAAUGCCAAAACAGUCUACGAUAUCAUAAUUGUUAAUAAUCACAUCAAUAAACACAAGAAAAAACUUGUAAAACUUACUGGGUUGCUUUCUUGUCGAGUUGACCGAGUCCAUGGCGAUUAACGAGUCAAACUGUUUAGAGAGGGCAAACAAAUUUAAUUUAAAUACCGUGUUCAAAUCGUUUAAGUCGCUUAGAAAUUCGACAAAAAUGGUCUACUGAGAAUAAACUGUUAACAGUGCUAAACAAUUUCGCUCAAAAUGUGUUUAAAUGGCAUUAUUUUGAUCAAGUUUACUCACGUUUUACACGCGACGGCAAAAUGGCCUUCUUCACGUCACAGACAAGGCCGCUACGGCGGGAAACUUCGCAACGACGGCAGCCGGAAGUCUUUCUAGUAGUAAUUUCACUUCCGCUCGCCGUCGCAGACGUCUGCCGUCGUCGGAUCUUAAGCAGGCUAAUAAUUGAAACACGGCUGCAUAAUUUGAGUAUUGUGAGCAGGAAGGAAUACUAUUCUAAAUGUAUCUUGAAGUCAUAUUUAGCUUUAUUUUCAAAGGAAAAGUGGUAAUAAGUUAGUUGGUCGAAUCAUUGAGGAGAUCCCUUGUGCAAAGGCAAGCGCGAAGUGUGAUAGAAAACGUUUAAGCAGCCUCGUUGUUUGGAUGCGUACUAUAAGAGGUAGUGAUGUAAGAGGAUAAUAGCUAUGAUUCAUUAUAUAACACUACUUUUUUAUCAAUAUGCGUCUUUAUCGGUUAAGAAGAGACUGUGCAAUAUUAUGUGUAGGGUCAUUGUAGUUCAUGUGUGCUAUCGUUCUACUCGAUUUCUAGCAGACAUUCUGCAGUUGUACUCAUAAUAUUUGCUCAUAACAAAAAGUGUUUUCUCAAAGCGUUAUUGUAACAGACAUAUUCGUUCGAUAGUUGAGUCCUUUGAAACGUUAGUAACGUUUUCACUAAGAAUCCUAGUAGCAGGAGAAAGGUGUAACUUAACAGGAGAAUAUUGUGAAAAAGGCUCCAUGUCUCAAUAGAAAAUAGUUAUAGGCUAUCGCACGUUCUGAGCCGGAGAAUUCUGUUUACUAAACGGAGAAUUCUCCGAUCUCCGAUGCCUAAUGAACACCCUGCCGGUUACGUACAUCAAAUGUAGGACUUUUGUGUAAACGCAAACAUUGGAAGUCGUCUUUGCAAAGUGUAAAAAUAUAAUUCAUGACACAGAGAUAACCCCAAAAAAUAGUGAUAAUAAUAACGAUAAAUAAAGUAUAUUCGCUCGGAAAAAUAGUUAUCCCCCUUUUUCUUUUUGGGACAGUCAGGGCACAUUAGAACUGUUGAUCGUCUUGGAUUCAGGCCCUAAAAUAUGAAAGAAGUCUACUUUAAGGGGCUGUAGUCUAUUUCGUUUUGGUUAUAGUGCCAGUUAUGCGUCCUUAUUCGCUAUGAAACUUAAGAAAUUGUACCAGUGAACUAAAGAUCUGUGAAUGUCUUGUAAUGAUCAAAUCAAUGAUUACGUUUCACUGUUUUUCAAUAAUGCAUUUGCAUAAUGCCCUCAUUCUCCUACUACGACCAGAAUGUUCCCAGGGUUUUGCCUGUUUGUACAAAUCAGGGCUGUUGUUAUUUGAACCUCGAUAGGAUUAUCAAAUUUGAAUAUAAAAGGAAACGCGAAAAUGAUGUGUGCUGUUACCAUUCAAAUGAAACCUCUUAAGCUGAACUUUUACAUAGUUUUAUUCACCGUUUGAGAUUUUAUAGAAAGAAAUUUAUAAUUUUUUGUGAAUUUGUUAGUUUGGCCAGUAUUAGGAGUGGGGCCAUGUCACAAGAAUUUUGCUCUGUGAGGUCAAUUCUUUGCUGAAGUCAUUACUUCCUUUACCUAUGCUGCAACAAAAUGAUCCUAUAGAGUUAAGAAGAAGAUAUUAAACAAAUUUUAACAGAGAGCAAUAAACAUAAUACUUUUUUGGUGUUUUUUGCCGGGUAUAGCAUUAAAACUUUAAAAAAAAAUGACACAACUUUUUUCAAGAUUCAGUCCAUGUGCACCCUUACUAUCCCGUAGCAACAGACGACAGGAAACAGCUUCAAUACCUAAAUAUAGUCUUUACCCGCCCAAAUAUCCACAUACAAAUUCUCCAUACUGAUAUUCAUACAUUUCCCUAGAGAUAAGUUGAGAGAGUUUAAUAAAAGAUCAAAGCAUUUUCUCUUUGGUGAUCAUUUGACUAAUUCUCGUAACCUUUUGUCUUGACAACGUAUGGAUAUUGUUAGGAGAAAAUUAAUGUUGGUCACUAUUGGGAGUUAAAGGGUUAAAUAGCAAAACUGGACCAUUAUUUUUGGAAUUCGAUUGUUGCAAAGACACGUUUUAGCGUUCUUAAAGAUAACAAAUGUUGUGGCAUAGCCCCUGCAAGUUCUUUGUGGUGAUUUUUGUGCUUGUUUGCUUUUGUCUUUUUAGACUCAGUUUACUGUUAUCAUAAUAUCUGGGGUGGGCGCGUUGUUCAACCACGACUGUAAAUACCCCACUUGGGCAAAAUGGAUCAUGGUUUUCUACACAUUCACUCAGCUGGCACUUUUCAGCAACUUUUACGUCAAAACGUAUCUGCAAAAUAGACAGAGCAAGAUGGCGGACAGCAAAAAAGAAUCGUAGGCAAGACUUCUGGAUUAAACAACCAAUGACCCGGACACAAACACACAACUCGGUGAAUAAUCAUUUCGCGAUCUUAGCAAGUGAUGGACUUAAACAGAAAAAUAUUUUUUUAAAGAAAGCAAUAUAUGACUGGAUGAGUGAUUGCGAUUGCAUUUGCAUCUUAAGCCUACGAUCAUUCCCUCCCCAUGUCUCUUUUAUGCCUUUCCCUCUCCUGUCCAGAAAAAAAACAAAACAAAACAAAUCAAAACAAACAAAGAAACAAACAAAAAACAAUGUGAUCGCAGGUUAUUGCAUUAUGGGAUCUCUUGACGCUGGAUGACUUCUGUUUUUAAACUUCUUCACUCUAUUUAAAGCACUUGUUGUUUUUCACUGAUUGAAAUACUGGCACGUAUAUAAUUUCAUGAUAUUUUAUUUUAAUCGAAAAAUGGGUGUUCAAUUUUUUCAUUUGUAUGUAAUGGUGUAAGGGUUUUCUAUUAUGUUAUGUUUUUACUCUUUUGUUUUCAAAAAGGAUAAGUAGAGUAGGUUAUUUGUUCGUCAUUUAAACUGAAAAAUAAUAUUUUUUUUAUAAUAAAGUUAUCCAGCAUUGAAGGUGUUGUACAGUUUUAUUUUCAAGCGAGCUUAUUCGUGCAAUCGUCAGUUCAGAGCACAAUACAAUACAUUACAGUUUAGUUUACAAUUCAUUUCCUAAAUGUUUUUGUGGUUUCAUAGAAGACUGUAUUUUGAAGAUUAUUUUGAAUAUUAAGGUUAAGCGUGAGGUUUUCGUGAUAAGCUGUAGCCAAUGUAUUUGCAAUCUUUGUAUACCCCUUAGUGGAGGGCAAAUAUAAUGUAAGACACAGUUCGUGGGCCAACAUGCAGAAAAAUAGCAUCUAAAUACCAAGGCAAAGCAGAGCCUAGCAAAAGGAAAUUAAAAAAUAAAGAAAUAAAUAAAUCAGCUGCAAAGCAUGCGAAUAAUAAACAAUUAUUGGAUGAGGUUUUUGUGAUGUCCGGAAUAAUCAAGGUCAAGGGAAGUGUUAUCAGCUGACCUGACGGCCGAGGCUGAUAGCACUUACCGAGGCCUUGAUUAUUUAUGAUAUCACAAAAACCGGCGAAUCUUAUAAUUGUUUCAUUAUACAUUGUUUUGAAGAAAAUAACAACAAACACACCGUCGCAAGGAACCCGAAUUAACACUGUUAUUGGAAAUCAUGUAUUACGUCGCAAGGAACCUGAAUUAACACUAGUACUGUUAUUGGAAAUCAUGCAUUGCGCGUGCAACCUAAAGAUUAGUCAGUUAUCUGUGAGGAGAUAACUAACUAAUCUGUAGGUUACGCUGAUUUCGAAAAUUAGCUGUAGGCUCUUAGCCGAUGAGAAAAUAGAUAGUGAGUAAAACGUAGAACAAUAAACAAUUAUUAGACAAGGUUUCUGUCACAUCUGGAAUAAUCGAGAUCAAGAGAAGUGUUAUCAGCUGAGCCGAAGGCCGAGGCGGAUAACGCUUACCGAGACCUUGAUUAUUCCGGAUAUCAAAAAACCGACUCUAAAAAUUGUUUUAUUUCACAUUGUUUUGAAGAAAAUAACGACAAACACCGGCGCAAGGAACCUGAAUUGACAUUGUUUUUGGAAAUCAUGCAUUGCGCGCCCAACCUACAGAUUAGUGAGCGGUCUGCUAGCAGAUAACUAACUGAUCUGUAGGUUGCACAGAUUUCCAAAGUUAACUGUAGGCUCUUAGCCAAUGAGAAAACAGAUAAUGAGUACAAUGUAUAAUAAUCGAGAUAAACUGUAACCAAUGUAUUUGUAAUUUUUGUGUACCUCUCAGUGGACAGCAAAUUUGUAAGACAAACAGCACUAGAGCUUACAUAAAGCAGAAAACAUGGCAUCUAAACACCAAGGCAUAACAGAGCCUAGUUAAAGAUAAUAAAUCAUAAAUCGUUUGCAAAGCAUACGAAUAAAUGAGUUUAUCUGCGUAGUACAUACGAGAAGACAUUUAUAACCAUAGCCUUCCAUCUUUUCAUCCAUUGACUGAUAAAACAAAUAACGAACACUUACCGGAACCAUUUUUCAAGUUUAACGAUAAUCCCUCUAAGGUGGUUCCGUGAACGGAACACCUAAACGCGCUAGUUUUUAACCGGUCGAAAAUUCGUCAGGUGCCGCGUGAACACAGCCUUUGUUGAGUCGAGUAUGCUUAAGCCUGAGAAAUCAGCUGACAUCUGGCGACCCCACCGCUGGUUUCUUUGCGAAAUGACGUCUGAGAAACGAGCACGGAAAUUUCAUACCCAUUCCAUGGGUAGUGCUUCUGAUUCGGGUUUAAGCUAAUUUCCAGCCAAUCGGAAGCACUACCCAGAUCUUGGUAGUGAUGCGUCAUCAGUAUGGAAUGUCUGCGCUCAUUUCUCAGCCUUCAUUUCGCGGGAAAACCAGUGGCGGGCGGCGUCGCAAAAUGUUGGCUGUUUUCUCAGGCUAAGUAUGAAUAAAAAUGCUGCGAACGAGGUUGGGAGGUCAGAUGUACGCAGUUGUUCCUUUCGUAAACGGUCGCUGCCAUUUUUAAGACAAUAUGCCAAUUUUUGACGUGUUAUUGAGAGUGUUUCUAUUAAAAAGAAAGAAUAUCGCAACCCAGGGACGAAACCGGACCUUUAGUAUCCUGAUCUCUCUCCCUUACCACUACAUUACCAAACAUCAAAAUUCCGAAAAACUUAAGUUCAUAAACUAGCAAACUGUCUUCGUUAACUGUUACAUCAAUAACAGGUGGCCCUAGUCCGCUCCAUAACUAUGAACGUAAAUUCAACUCGGGUCCCAAGGUCGUUCUUUCUAAGACUAUUAAAAAACGUUUGAAAUGGAAACGGCCGUUUACGAAAGGGAAAUAGUCGCAGACGACGCUUAUUCUAGUAAUUAAGGUAACCUUUUUUUUUUCUUUUUCUUGAACAGACUCAGUUUGUGGUAGUUCAGAUUUACAUAGUGAAUGCCCUGCGAAUUGAUUGUGGCUACAGUAGGAAUCAGCUCUAUCUGACUUGGUCUUAUCUUGUCACUUUAAUCAUCCUGUUCGGCAACUUCUACAUCAAGUCUUACCGUAACAAAAAUAACAACAAAGACAGCCUCAGCGAGAAAAAUAAUAAUGAACUAAAAAAAUCGGAGUAAAUACGUUUAAGAAUAGUGAUAUGGUUGGCAGUGAAUACCCGAUGUUUUAUAUUUUUCUAAGGUGUAAGAGAGGGUCCAUAUUGUUUGCAAUUCUGGCAGUACACCAAAGGAAUAAUUUUAACAAGACUAAUAUUUUAAGUUUUAGUGCAAUGAUGUGAGAUAAAUGUUUGUAGCUGCUUGUGCGAUACAAAAUAGGAAGGCGAAGAGAAAUAAGUUGUCUUAAGGUCAUCAAAAUGGCUACAUAUAGAAAGGACAAUACCUUUCGCAACUUUCAAAGUCGCAAAUUUUGCAGUCCACCGUUAGUACUGUCUGGUUUGGAUCCGUAGAUUCAUUUUAUUUCCUGUUCCUAAUGAAGGAAAGAGACAACAGAGAGAAAAUUGUACUUGCAGUACUUUUAUGGAUGUUAUAAUUCAUUGAAUUAGUGACAAGGGAGAGUAUACGCACAUGCGAUCUCAGUUAUCAUUAAAAUAGCGAAUUUUAGUAAUUUGUUUCUUGACAAGGAAAAUAUUUCUCACAGAGAAGGAGAAAAGAUCAGUAGACUUCUUUUCAGAAGUAGAACGUCGUUAGAUAGUAAAGAUUGUGUGGGAAUUGCAACAUUUACCGACCAGUCAAUAAUCAAUCAUUUAACCCUUUAUGAAAGUCUCGAAUAGUGACCCACAUCAAUUUUCUCUUAACAAACCAUACAUUAUCAAAAGCAAAGAUUGAGGAAUAAUAAAGUGAUUACGUAAUGUAAAAUACUUUGAUCUUGUGUUAAAUUCUCCCAAC